AAGGCAGGAUUGCGCAACUCCGCUCUUUUCUUCAUCCUCCUUGGGGAUAAUAACAACGAGCCAGCUGUCGUUUCCUCUGUUAUUUAGGACAGAAGGCGUGCACAUAUAAGUAAACCAAGCACCCUGCAGAUUAAAGCAUGUGUAGUAGUAUUCUUGUGUGUUUAAAAACUACAUAAAAAGUGUGCUUUUAUAUACUUUUACACACGUUUACAACUAGAUAAGUCCAAUCUGAAUCCCCCACUGCAGCCGUACAUCUAUUAAAACUACAUUAAACUUAAUUAUAAACAUAAUUUACAAAUUCACUGAGCCGCUUUCUAACCACACACACACACACACACAUACUCACUCACACACUCACUCACACCACCCCUCUGUGGCCAGUGCGUGCGUAAUGGGGCUUGGAGCGCGUAAGCACGUAAACAAAAGCACAUUGUCGGUGCCACUGGCAGCCAGUCUGCAAAGCCAAAGAGUGGCUGAAGUGAACAGUCAUUUCCAUCGCUCCGUCCAUACAGCCAGAGAGCUUCAGAAGAUCCACGAGCAGCAACACAGUAGGGAUGGGAUUACUCACCAGCGUCCUCCCGCACUGGAUCCACAUCUAAGGUAGUGGAAAUGUUACUCUUUUGAGUUUAAAUGGGGGGACUGGGCUCGCUAACAAAUUAUCUGUUGUUUCUGUUUCGUGCCAGGAGACGUUUGGGGCACAAUAGGAGGCUGUGGAAAAUCAAUUGUAAGUGAUCAUGCCGUGCGUCCAGACCCAGUGCGGCUCGUCGCCUCAAGGAGCCAGCCCAGCCUCCCAGAGCUCCGGCGGAGAGCGCAGCUGCGACUUCCUCACUCCGGAGUUUGUCAAGUUCAGCAUGGAUCUUACUAACAGUGAAGUGUCGGCUGGAGCCUCGGGCCCCACCUUCGGCCCCCUGGCGGACUCUUACGGCUCUGGGUACGACGUAAAGCCCCCGUGUCUGUUUCAGAUGCAGGUCCAGGGGGAGCUGCCGUGCGUCAAGGUGGAGGAUGCGCACGGGUGCCCGCGCUAUCAGCCGAAUCAGCACCCAGCGCACCAGUCAGACGAGCUCCUUUCUUCCCCGAGCCCCGUUUAUUACUACCGCUCCCCCUCCCCGCACUCCUCCCUCACGCCCAACUUCCAGCUUCCGUCGGGACACAUUUGGGAGGACUCCGGCUCCCUGUACAGCUUUCGGCAGGACUAUUUGGCGGCGCACAGGAAAAACGCGCUGUCCAGGUUUUCCCUGCUGUCCCUAAAACACGCGCAACACGACGGCCAGAGUUUGUCCACGUGCCAGGUGAAGUUUGACGGAGCUCUGGCGCACCAGCAGCUGGAAACACCCACCGUUUUGGGCUCCACCGGCCUGGGCAAACAGAGCGGUGUUGGAUUUGCUCACCCACUCCAUCUCGCGCACGGCCACCACUUUAUGGAAUACCAGACUUCUUCUGCGCCCGGCCGAGGACCGCUGAGCUCAGAGGGGGUGUGCGCGGUAUGCGGGGAUAACGCAGCCUGCCAGCACUACGGAGUGCGCACCUGCGAGGGCUGCAAGGGGUUCUUCAAGCGCACAGUGCAAAAAAAUGCCAAGUAUGUGUGCUUGGCUGCCAAAAGCUGCCCUGUGGACAAACGCAGAAGGAACCGAUGCCAAUAUUGCCGUUUCCAGAAGUGCCUCGCAGUGGGAAUGGUCAAAGAAGUGGUGAGGACAGACAGCCUGAAAGGUCGAAGAGGUCGCUUGCCGUCCAAACCCAGAGCUCUUCCAGACGCCUCCUCACCUGGCAGCGCCCUCCUGAGCGCCCUCAUCAGGGCGCAUGUGGAGUCCAAUCCUCCACCUUCUCGCCUGGACUACUCCAAAUUUAAAGAGAAUCCAGGAAGUCCCCCAGGAGACGAUGCUCAGCAUGUCCGCCAGUUUUAUGACCUCCUGACCAGAUCGAUAGAGGUUAUUCGGGGUUGGGCGCAGAAGAUCCCGGGUUUCACCUCUCUACCUAAACAUGACCAAGACCUUCUCUUCUACUCUGCCUUCCUGGAACUUUUUGUUUUACGGUUGUCGUACAGAUCCAACCCAGAAGAAGGGAAACUGAUCUUCUGUGACGGGUCAGUGUGGCACCGGCUCCAGUGUCUGCGGGGCUUUGGCGAAUGGAUUGACAGCAUUGUUGAAUUUUCUGCCAAUCUGCAGAGGAUGAACUUGGACGUCUCCACCUUCUCCUGUAUAUGCACCCUCGCCCUGGUCACCGAGCGGCAUGGACUGAAGGAGCCAAAGAAAGUUGAGGAGCUACAGAGCAGCGUGGUCAGGUGCUUGAAGGACGGUGGGACAAGCGCGGAUGGAGGCUCGAGCUGUUGGUCCAAUCAUUUGUCCAGACUUUUGGAAAAGCUGCCGGAACUUCGCACUCUGUGCAUCCAGGGCCUGCAGAGGAUUUUCUACCUGAAGCUGGAGGAUCUGGUGCCGCCACCAGCCAUCAUAGAUAAGUUAUUCCUCGACACGUUGCCAUUUUAGAGACAAGAAAGGACACACACGGGGACGGUUUUCUGUGGUUUUCUCGCCGAGGACACUGUAAGACCCCUUUUGCUUUGUUCCCGAUAAUAAUUGCUGACUAUCUGGAUGUUGUGUGCAAAAAAAUAAGAAACAAAAACAUUUUUAAAAAGUUAUACCGAACCAGAAGAUCACAUUGGGAUGAGAACAAGUGAAAUGAGAAGCGGAAGCAAUUUAAUCCAAGAAUUGUGACCACUUAAUUUCUAAAUAUAACUUCACUGAAGCAUGCUGAUGACUUUGAAAAAAAGGAUUAAUUUCAUUGCAAGACUGAAAUAAGCUUUUCCUACCAUUAUUACUCUGUACAGCGUGAUUUAAUGAGCCCGUCAGGCCAAAAUUAUGGACUGCAAGUGACUCAGACGACUUUAUUUUACGCUUUCUCCUGCUUCUCAUUGUGUACAAAGGCAUUUUGAUACGAGACAAGGCGUCCCAUCAUGUUUAUUAGUGAUUAAUAAUAUUCAUUAACCUCUGUUGUCUUCUCAGAGUAAGAUGUCAUUGUCCACACUUUCAUAAAUAAAAGACUAAAUGAAGUUACACUGGCUGGACUGCUGGGCCUUCUAUCAUUUAUUUGAAACUAUGGUUGGACAUUUGAUUUUUAAUCGCAGGAAAUGCAGAGUCCCUUUAAAAAUGUUAUACUGAAUUUAAUAACAAUUCUAAUUACAAUAUAUAACAUUUAAUUCAACUUUCUAACACCUACUGUUGUAAAAACGCAUUCUUAAAGAGAUUCAAUUA